CAUCCACUAUUUACCAACUUUGUUUACACGGAUCACCAAACAGGGCACAACCCAAAGUAAAACUAAAAACCCUCAUUUUCAUUUCAUUUCAUUUCCUCUCUCUCUCUCACACACACACUUUCUCUCUCUAAAAAAGCAAAAAAAAGAGACCACCACCAAAAAAGAUAAAGUGGAGAAUUCAAGGUCAUCAGAGGGAGGAGGGUUUCUCUGCUGUUUCUUCCCUAGAGAGAGAAAACAAAAACACACACAGGAAAAUAAUUCCGUUGUUGAACAACACAAACAACAACAACAACAACAACAAGAAGAAGAAGAAAUGAUGCAGAAUGUCCAGAAACCUGAACAAGCAACUCCAACAACGCUGCAAAACGUUGUUAAUUCAGGGAGUUUGAGUUUUAAUAGUAGUAUUAAUUCUACAAGUGGUGUUAAUGUUAAUAUUGGAGAUGAAGAAAUUACUCGUUCUGCUUUAUCUAACUUUAAAGCUAAAGAAGAAGAGAUCGAAAGGAAGAAGAUGGAAGUUAGAGAGCGUGUUCAACUUCAGCUUGGUCGUGUUGAAGAAGAAACUAAACGUUUAGCCUUGAUUCGUGAGGAGCUUGAAGGCAUGGCAGAUCCAAUGAGGAAGGACGUGUCUGUAGUGCGUAAAAGGAUUGACGUAGUCAACAAAGAGCUGAGGCCACUUGGAACUAAUGUCCAAAAGAAGGAAAAGGAAUACAAAGACGCGCUGGAUGCAUUCAAUGAGAAGAACAAAGAGAAAGUACAGCUCAUAAACAAACUAGUUGAGCUGGUAGGCGAAAGCGAGAGGUUGAGGAUGAAGAAACUGGAAGAGUUGAGCAAGAGUAUCGAAUCCAUGCGCUAAAUUGACUUGAACAAAACAGUUGUCCAUAGAUAAAAUUAGGUUUGUGUGAUGUAAUUUAAUUCCCAACGCUUUAAUCUUUUUUCUUUAUGUGUUUAUAUAUAUGGGUGCCUAGGGUUUGGUGUAUUCUGUGUACCCUUUUUAUUUUUGUUCCUCCCCAAUUCGAUUAGAUCUUGAUGCAAUAUCUGCUGAUCUAGGAAUAGGGUAAUAUCUACCCUAUAUAGACAGGUUUGUAACUCCAUAACAUUUUUCAGACUUGUAUUUCGCCUCACCUUUUAUCUAUUUACUUUUUCUUA